AUGGCCGAAGCAGAAAUGUAAGAGGACCAAAGAGUACUUGUUUUUCUUUAUAUGCGUAUUAUUCUGUCUAAUUUAGGUUGUUUAUAAGGUGCGUGAAGUGCAUUAAAAACUCCAUGAUUUAAGUUUAAUAUGGCUUAAGUUAACUUUAAACUAUAUUUAUGCUUACUCGACUGGCAUCAAGUUUUCACUUUGUUGAGCUGAAAUUUGUCUACAGAAUCGAAUGAUGCAUUGAGUCAAAUUCUAGAAUAACUGAGUUCAGGUUAAACUGUAUUUAAUUCUUUUAUUUUUUGCGAGAGAAGGAUGGAUUACGAAAAAUAAUCCACAUCAUUUUUGAUUCAAGUAUUUUCAUGAAAAAAUGCACUGGCAUAAAGAGAACUCAUACUCUAAUAGCCCACUUUUUAGAAUAAACUUUGCAAACUCUGUAGUUUAUGCCCAACCUUGGGAUGAUGUCUACUGUUUUAGGCUUAAUUUUUAUCUAACAUACUUCAAUAUCCAUAAGAUGUAACUAUUUCAUAUGCAGGUCUCCCAUCAUGCAGCUAUAAGCUGCCUAUUUUUCAUGAAGCUCUCAUGAAACAGAAACAGGGCCUGGCUAACAACCUCGUUGUGAAAGGGAGUACAUUUUUUUAAAAAAACUUCAAAAGGAAGCUCAUUGAAUAUAAGUUGGUUUUGGUUACUGGGGUUUGGAACAGAAGCCAUUUAUGAUCACGCAUUGAACUUAACUACCAAAGCUCAGUUUCCAUGAUCCUAAAGGCCCCAAAAUUCCUAAAGUAGGUGUUGUUUGGUGGUAGUAGUGCAUGGUUUUCUCACUUUUAAAGUAAGUUUCUUGCAAAUUUUUUCCCAGCAAAUAGGAUUAACAUUGGCAUGGUACCUUAAAUUUUUUUAAAUUGUACUCUUUUCAUUUUCAUUUUUCAUUUUUUCAGGAAAAGAAAGCUGUUUAUCUGGAAAAAGCAACAUGAAUUGUGCCUGCUCAACGAGGUCACAUGUGUAGAACCAUAUGCCAAAAAGCAAAGUGACAGAGGUGCAGCAUGGAGAACUAUUGCCAGCAAUCUUAAUGGCAACAAGCAAGAGGGAUUCAAGGUUACAGAAAGAUCCUCUAGAGAUCGGUUCAAAAAAAUCAUGGAAGAAUUUGAAAAUAAGGAGCAAAUAGAGAAAAAGGCCUCUGGCAUAGAUGCUGAGUAUGACGAGCUGGACCAAUUGUGCCAAGACAUAAAAGAGCGAAUGGAGGACGUUAGUAGCCGGGAGGAAGCAGAAAGUGCAAAGAAAAAAGCAGUCAGAAAAAGCAGCAAGCAUGAGGCAGAUGGCAAUGGAAACUGUUGCAGAAAACUAGAAAAGGAAGAGCACACGGGGUGAUGAAGAAUCACAGCCUCCACACAGACGAGGUGCAGAUACAAUGCAAUUUUUGCAAGAAAGCCUCCAGAUAGGGUCACAGCAAUUAAAGGCUGAGCAGGCGCUUCGUGAGAGAGAGCUUCAACUCAGAGAGGCCGAGUUAAGGCAAACACAGCAACAGCAACAGCAGCAACAACAGCUUUUGCUGCAAAUGUUACAACAGCUGACUGACGUUAUCAAGACAAACAAAAGCUCUUGAACUCUUGUGUUUUUGUACAACAAAGCUCUUUAAAGUUUUUGUACGUUAAAGUUCUUUAAAGUUUCAGGAAUGUCUUUGUCACAUACUUAGGAAUCAAUAACAUAUUCUUUUACAAUUCUUUUAUUGCAUACUGUACUUGAGAAGUGUUGAUUAUACAGAAAAGGCAAAAGGUGUUACCGUGUUGGUUGACACCUCCACCCCACCCCAUAGCUAAUCCCCAGUACUCCCUUAGCAUCUUAAUUUGUAAUGAAAGUAUUCUUCCAGUUUUGGGGGUGCUAGGUCAAAGUACUGGGACACCUGGCUACCAUAACAACGAACAAGAGCAUUUUUUAAUAGAGUAGCAACUAAAUAUUGCUUUCCGACUGCAUUCAUGCCAAUUUUGAGAUUCUUCUUGAAAUCUGUGAAUGCCCAGUUUGUGGUUAUUUCUCCAAAAGACCACUCUACAGUUGCCCGCACAUCUGUCAUGAUUGAACGUCAUGAUUGAACGUCUCUUGAGCAGGAGUGAGUCUUGCACCCUUGAACCCUAUUUGCAAGUAUACUCUGUGGGGGUAGGCUGGGUCCCCAUAAACACAUAGGGGUGUGCCAUCUGGUGCCCACGAGUGCCUCUCCAGGUCUUGGUACAAGCCUGACAUCCUUAGCAUGCCUGCAUAAUGCUUUCUCCCUUCUGUAAAUGGAAAGAAAGUAAAUGAACAUCUUUUUAGUCUUAGGGGAUAGUCUGAUGGGAGGGGGGGUUAAGUCCAUCCCAACCUGUGGAAAUUGUGGAGUCUACCAAAACUAUUAACACGUGAUAGUUUUGUUUGGAAACAAAUGAAGUCAUUUAGUUUAACCAACCAAUAGGACCAAACAUUCGCACUAUUAUGCCAUUUGCAGCUAA